UCAUGGAUUCGCAAUAUGUUGAAAAUGUUAACCCGAAUUUGGUGAAGGCGUCUGAACGGGAGGCAGCGGAAUGUGUAUCUCUUGAAGUUUUGCAAGUGGUGAAAGAUGUGCAGCAACAACAUGGCUUGAGACACGGAGACUUUCAAAGAUACAGGCAGUACUGUUCCAGGAAAUUGAGGAGAAUAAGAAAGGUUGUGAACUUCCAACAAGGAACCAAGCACAAAGUUCAGCCGAGGAAGAUAACCGCGGAGACAUUGAAGGAUCAAAGAUGUUUGUACAUACCAUUGAUGGAGGCUGAAAGGUCAUGGGCAUAUGCUAUGCAAUUGAAAUCGGAGGCAAACACAGAGCCGAGAAAGCAUUUCCACAUGAUGAACAGAUUGAAGAAGGCAGUUCACCAUGCUGACCAUCUCCAGAAAGUCGUUGCUGAUGAACAGGCCAACUGUGAUGCAAGGACCAAUCUUGAAGUCAAGGCUUACUGUUCUUGGAUGCAUGGUCUUUUAAACUUUGAGUUGCAGCAUUGGAAAGUGGCCUUAGAUAAUUUUAUAAAAUCUAAAGUGAUCUGUGAGAAGUUGUCAGAGGCUGUAGCAGGAGAUGUCAAGGAAAUCUACAUACAGAGGUGUGCCGAACUGGUUCCAAACAUCAGGUACUGUGAAUACAACAUUGGUGAUGUCAGUGCCGUUGAAGAUCUCAUGCAGAUGAGACUGAACAUCACACAUGAAGAUCCUCUCACUUCUAAACUGGAUGAGUUGAUAGAGAUGACUCGGGAGAAGCAGUCCAGUUCAUUAUCUGAGGUGACCUGGCUCGCCAGAACUAUUCCUGUCAAGAACAUUCAAGUACGCAGGUUGUUGUUGAGCAUGCAGCAAAGUUCCAACCAGCUGAGAGAUGCAGGUGCAGAACAGAAACUUUCCAUGUACGAAAGUCUCUUGAAGGAAAUCAUCGAGGCCCAACAGUCCCAUAAGGAUGAAUUCAAAGAUGACGGGAUCUUUAAGGCUCUAAUCAGCAAGAUGAAGCCGGUGGAGGGACAAGUGCCAUCAUCAGUUUAUCUGCACACCUACCUGGCCUACCUGAGGCAGUCAACAACCACUGAAAGGAAUCUACUCAUGAUCAGUUUACUUAAAUCAGAUGAAAGCAAAAAAACCAAGCCGCAGGAUCUUGCUCGACUUUAUGAUGUCAUCAUCCAGAACUUGUCAGAGAUCGGUCAGUUGCCAGGACUUGAGGAUAAGGAAGCAUUCCUGAAGGAAGUUGAUACUCAGAUACUGGCUUACAAGGCUUUCAGAUGUUUUCAUGUGGCUCAGACUUAUGAGUAUUUGAAAAAAUACAAAGAAGCCCUAGCCUUAUACGACAGGUCAGUUCUAUAUGCUCAGAUGUCCUUGAAGCAACUUCUUAAAACCUCGAUAGAAAACACAAAGAAGGAGUCGCUUAGCAAAGAAUUGCGCGAGUUGAUGUCGAACGUUGACGGUCUGAAGUACUUUAUCAGAGCUUCCAGCAUACUUGAUGGACAGAAUGAACCUGACACAAAAGUAUCACUAAGCAGCUGCAACAAGCCACUGAUUGAACGACUACAUGAAUAUGUUGAAGUUGGUGGGAACGUUAAGAAAACAUCAUUGGUCAACUUACCACCCGAGUUUGAACCCACCCCUGCCAAGCCGUUCUUCUUUGAUCUCGCCCUCAGUUCUAUUGACUUUCCAUCAUUGGACGAUCGACUGGAACAGAAAAAGACUCAAGGUGGACUGACUGGCUACUUUAAGAAGUGGAUUUGGGGAGGAGGUGAGAAGCAGUGAUCACGAUAAUCAUAUAUGAUUAUGAUAAUGACAGGAGUGUCGUUGAUGUCACGAUGGCUUCAACAUAAGUUGAUGUCAUUUCAACAUCAGCGUUGAUGUCAUUUUGGUGCUGAUAAUAAACGCUGUUGAUUAACAGGCAGUUUAGUCGUUUUUCUUUCUUUAUCAGUCACACAUUAUCACGAGAGACUGAUUGUAUUCGACGUUUGGAAUGUUAUCCACGUUUAACAUUUCUCAAGUAAUAGUUCUAAAUUAUUAUUUAAUAAAUUUUUAAUCAAA